GCCAAUUCAAUGUCUUUGAAGACUCUUCAUCUCCUAGUCCAAACCCUAAAUUCAUUCUCAUGGAUUCAAUUGAGCCACCAUCGUUUUCGCUAGGGUUUGAUCUUGAUGCUGCAUCGGAUUCCCAUCAGAACCCUAGCUCCACCGGCGACCAAUUAAUCGGGGACGGCGAUAACGAGCCAGAGGCGGGACUUACGGUCUCAGAUUCCGAUCGGGAGCUUGAACCAGAUUUUAGAAGCCCGGUUCUCAAGCGGUUGCGACGGGGAAUUAAUCCCAAUAAGUAUUCUGCGAAAGAUGAUAGAGGCGUGGCUAUAGAGGAUCGGGAUGAUGACAUUGAAGAGUUCUCUUCUCCAGAGGAUUUUCCCACGGACGCACCUGCCUCAACAAGAAGUUACUUUUCUCGUUGCAGCUCAAGGGUGCCACUUCAUGGUUCUGGGGUUUUAUCUAAUCAACCUUCUAUCUCUCGGGGAAAGAGAAAGCAGGCGGAUGUUCCAGCAUCUGCUGCCUCUGGGAUUAGUUCUGUUGCAUCAUUGUUUCAGAGGUCAACUCGUAGUCCUCUGCGAAGGUUCCAGCUACUAGAUUCAGAUUCUGAAGAUGACCAUCCAUCUACCAGCAGAGAUUUAAGCAGAGUAACUAAAAAACAUGAUUCAUCCUCAAAGGAUCAACCAUCUAUUGCAAUUAAACCAAAGAGAAAGGAACCUGGAUCUAUUCCAAGUAUUAAGGAUUUGUGGAAAGAUUUUUCCCCGGCAAUUUCCAAGAUUCAAACACCAGCUUUGGAUGAUGUUUGUCAGGACUAUUUUAGCUCCAUCAAUACGACUAGCACAGCUCAGAAACAAAGCAGUGCUGUGGCAAGUAGUAGCAAUAGCGGAAAUCAUAACUUGACUGGCUUUCAGCAAACUGGGCAAUUCUUGGAUUUUUCCCACCCUUCUCCUCCAUCUCAUCGUUUCUUCUUGCAUAGUGAUCCAAGGAUCCGGAAUCUAGCUCGACAGCGGUUACCAAACUUCUUGCCUCUGGGAAUUGUCAAUGAUAGGGAGAGCCAGCGAGAGGUGUUCCUUGUUGAUUAUAUGAAUCAAUUUGGUAGCAAAGGGAGUUCUAAAACUGGAGACUCUAGCAGCAAAAGCUGCAGAAGAGGGCAAACAAAUUCAAAGGUUUCAAAGGGCCAAGAGAGCGCACACACUUCUGAAGGCUGGUUAAAUCCUAAGACGAGAGCUGCAGCUCCAAAGGAUGCUGGGAAAAGGCGUGUAUCAGCUAACAGUGGCUCUGCAGGUCAUUGGUUCACAUCCCCAGAAGGAAGGAAGGUAUAUAUCUCUAAAAGCGGACAGGAGUUUUCAGGUCAAAGUGCUUAUAGAUGUUACAAAAAGGAGAACGGAGGCGGGUUUAAGAAGUCUAGAAAGAAACGACAGCCAAAGAAGAAGGCGAAGAAUUGAAGAAAGGAAGCCAUUGUUUCCUUGUAAUAACUGAGCUGUUUCGCAAAGGACUCCUCUGGAUCUGGAGAUUACACCUGCGAAGGUGGUGUUUGUGUUCUAAGAAGCUCCAAGACCCCAAAACAUGGAAAGGGUUAAAUACAUUUACUUAGUUCUU